AUGAACCUCAUCUCUCAAGUUGAACAUAUCCUUCAGCUAUCCACACAGCAUGCCUUUCAAUCCGCUCACCCAGACGGCCACUGGUGCGGAGAACUUAAAUCCAACGUCUCCAUCACCGCCGAAUAUAUCUUUCUGCGAUACGCUCUAAACCUCGAUCUAUCGGACGGACCAGCUUAUUGUCAUCAUAUCCUCUCUGAACAGAACGACGAUGGCUCUUGGAGUCUUGCACCCGAGUAUCCAGGUGAUGUAUCCAUCACGACGGAAGCGUAUCUGGCCUUGAAGAUCCUGGGGUUUAAUACCGAUAUCCCAGCGAUGAAAAGGGCGAGAGCAUUUGUGCUGGGUGCAGGUGGUGUCGCGCAUGUUCGUGUCUUCACGCGUAUCUUCCUUGCGACAUUUGGUUUGUUUCCGUGGGAUGCUGUGCCUCAGUUGCCGGUGGAGCUGAUUUUGCUGCCGUCGAUUUGUCCGAUAAACAUCUACAAGUUUGCCUCGUGGGCAAGAGGAACUAUUGCGCCUUUGCUGAUCAUCUGCCACCAUCAGCCUGUGUAUGCGCUUCCGAAUGGUCAAUCUGCUCAGAAUGACUAUCUGGAUGAGUUAUGGCUGGAUUCCGCCAGCAAGAAUGUCGCCUAUGGCCCUUCCCUCAGUCAGCUGCUGGCAAAAGGCGACAUGACUGGCCUCGCAUUCAGCAUCGUUGACAAACUGCUGUAUGCACUCAACGGCCUCCGUUCUACCCCUUUCCUCCGCUCCUACGCCAGAAAGAAAUGCAUGCAGUGGAUUCUGGAUCGCCAGGAGCCAACAGGCGAUUGGGCGGGUAUAUUUCCCCCCAUGCAUGGUAGUGUGUAUGCAUUCAUCCUGGAGGGAUACCAGUUACAUGACGACCCCGUGCGUUUGGGCAUACAGGCCCUGGAAGGCUUUGCCUGGGAGGACGAUCACGGAAAGAGAAUUCAGGCGUGUGUUUCACCCGUGUGGGACACGGCGUUGAUGUCGAUUGCCCUGUGCGAUGCAUCACCGGAUGACAAUCAUCAGCAGCUCGACAAGGCAAUUGCAUGGAUCAGACAUCGCCAGUUAUUAGAGCCUCGCGGCGACUGGCGCGUUUACAGACCGCAGCUCAUACCUGGGGGCUUUAGCUUCGAGUACGCGAACAGUUGGUACCCCGAUGUGGAUGAUACAGCGGCAAUCAUCCUCGCGCAGGUGAAGCAUGACGGACGCUGUAUCUUGUCAGAUUCAGUAAUCGCAGCAGCGACAUGGAUUAUUGGCAUGCAGAACCCGAACGGGGGAUGGGCUGCGUUCGAUGUGGAGAAUGACAAGCUGUUUCUCAAUAAAAUCCCCUUUAGCGACAUGGAUAGUUUGUGUGAUACUUCCUGUCCUGAUAUCACCGGGCGCAUCCUGGAGGCCUUUGGGUUGAUGUUGAGCAAAAGCAAUAGCGGUGAUUCUCAGAAGAUCACUUCACCUCAUCCGAUCUUUCCCGCCCUUCGUGCUGCGUGCGCCCGUGGCAUCGAAUACCUUACUGUCGUACAAGAGGCCAACGGGGCCUGGUUUGGCCGUUGGGGAUGUAACUACAUCUAUGGCACUAGUCAUGCGUUGUGCGGUCUGGCCUAUUUUGCUGAGGACAGAAAGGUGUGCAGGCUGGUACAACCAGCUCUGCAGUGGCUCAAGGAAACCCAGAAUGCCGAGGGUGGAUGGGGCGAGCCCUUGCUGUCAUACCGAGAUCCCGACAUACAAGGAUCAGCACCAACAGCGUCACAGACUGCGUGGGCGGUGAUGGGAUUGUUGGCCCAUCUUCCCCUCACUGAUGUGGCGAUUGAACGCGACAGGAUCAUCCCAUUAAGAUACUGGGAUGAUCUCGAUUAUCUCCGCAAUAUGUGCCAUGAUUUUACCUUCCGAUUUGAUGAUGUUCUGGACCCGUCGAAACUCGAGGCCGCAUUGGCUCGGUUGAUGGAGAUUGGUGAUUGGGGACAAAUGGGGGCGAGGUUGCGAUUGAAUGAUAGUAACCACCUCGAAUACCACAUCCCAGCACAAUACGACAGCACCCGCCCUGCCUUCAACUUCACGACCACAAAGUAUGACAUGAGCAUCACCGAACACCCGAUCGGCUCGCGCCUCCCCAAAGCAGGACAAGACCAGUCAUUCUUAUCGCCACCUUCUGCGUUUUUCGCGCCCAUCGUCCGGCACCCAGAUAGUCCCAAGGAAUUGGCGGAUUGGAUCUAUACGGACCGUCCACAGCUUCAUAUCCACGUUUCUGUUUUUCAGGAUGCUACUCUUCUUACGACGAGUUAUUUGCAUACGCUUUCUGAUGCGAUUUCACGAACGAUAUUUUUCAGAGCUUGGAUUGCUGUCCUCCGGGGGUGUGAAGAGGAGAUACCGCCAUUUUAUCCGUUCGAUCGUGAUCCGCUGUGCACAGUCGGUAGGGAAGCCAAGGCAGAGAAUUAUAGUAAUUAUAGCCGACUUGUGACCGGACUUGGUCUGAUAGUUUUCGGGAUAAGGUACUUGUUUGAAUUGCUCUGGUUUCGAGAAGAAGAUGAACAUCCCAUUCGUGUGCCAGGGCGAAGUGUGGAAAGAAUGAAAGAGAUGACACGAAAGGAACUAGCUGCUGUUGCCUCGAAUGACACUGGGGAGCCUCCCUUUGUGAGCGAGGGUGAUGUUGUCACGGCGUGGUGGGUGAAAACGAUGAUUACCGCACUGCAGCCCGCCCCAGAUCGAACCAUCAUGCUGAUGAACGUCUUCAACACUUGGAAUAUUUUCGACGACCGGUUCCCUUUCAACGGAGCGGGACUCAUCGGAAAUUCUUUUUUUUAUUCCUACACGCUUCUUGUCGCAAACCAGAUUCUCCAAGACGAAAGCCUGGGAUAUGUGGCGUCCACGAACCGGAAGGCCCUCAUGGAACACCGAACCAAAGACCAAGUUCAGGCCAUGGCCGCCAUCCAGCGAAAUUCUUUUAUGAGGGUAGCUCCCGUCGUCGGGGACCCGAACCUGCUCUUCAUGGCGUGUACAAAUCAGCACAAAGCCAGGUACUUUGAGACAGACUUUUCAGCGGCGGUGGUAGCCACUGGUGUGCCUCUGAGUGAGAGGCCACACGCUCUAGGAAGGCCAUCCUUUAUCAAUGACAUUGAGCAUUGUAAAGGGUAUCCGACCAGGAAUGUGGUGAGGAUUAUUGGCAAGGAUGCCGCUGGCGAUUAUUGGAUGUUGUUCAAGACUCGAGCUGGGGCCUGGCCGGCCAUCCAUAGACAGUUGAUGGCGUUGUAUGGGACCGAGAUGUGA